GGUGGCUCUGACGCAUGGCGUCUUAUCUGGUUAUUUCAUAAUGUGUGUUUCCUACGCGCACCACAAGGAGUCGCCGGCUUCUGGAUCAUUCGAAAAUGGCAGCGACGAGGCGGCUGGUAAAAGAACUUGCAGACAUCCGGAACUCGGGAACAAAAUGCUUUCGGGACAUCCAAGUGGAUGAAAAAAACAUGCUCACAUGGCAGGGAUUGAUUGUGCCUGACAACAGCCCGUACAACAAGGGGGCUUUUCGGAUAGAAAUCAACUUCCCAGCCGAAUACCCGUUCAAGCCGCCCAAAAUCACCUUUAGGACCAAGAUCUACCACCCCAACAUUGAUGAAAAGGGUCAGGUGUGCCUGCCCAUCAUCAGCGCGGACAACUGGAAGCCGGCCACUAAGACGGACCAAGUGAUCCAAGCCCUGAUUGCACUAGUCAAUGACCCAGAGCCAGAGCACCCGCUGCGUGCCGACCUUGCCGAGGAGUACAGCAAAGACAGAAAGAAGUUCCUGAAAAACGCUGAGGAGUUCACCAAGAAGCACUCCGAGAAGCGGCCGCCUGACUAAACUCCUAGCUGCCUAGUGCAACUCGGGUCGUGCUGCUCACGAGCAACAACAGAAAAACAGAAAGCGAAGGCAGAAGAAAAAAAGCAUGGGUCUUUCAAAUUCUUGAGCCCGCCUUCAUUUCAGGUGUACUUGUUUUCUUUUUUUUUUUUUUUUCCUAUCUCGAGGUGUUUUUUUCUGUAUGUGUGCCUGCACAAGAAAAAUGUGAGAAUGCUUGGUUUCAAAAGUGGGCCACCCACACACAGCGGGGCUUUUAUUUGCCGCUGGCUAUGAUGCAGUGUGAAAUAUGGGUUCCCUAGUUUCCCUAUCAUACUUGCUAGUAGACAGUAGAAUGUUGGCAACAACGUUCUUUCGCUUCUUGCUCCGUGCAGCGGCAAGUUUGCUAUGAUGUUAAGCUUUAGUGCUAGCUUGCCACUUUUGCUGUUUCACGUGUUGCUUGUUGAAUGAAUUUGUAAUUAGGACGUGUUGAGAAGGUCAAUAUUUGUUCGCCCACUGGCGUUUUCUUUUCCUCGUGUAAGACGGCAGACAUUGUCAUCACUUGCGUCUACCUUUCUUCUGAACAGUGUGCUUGGAGGUGUGCACAUCUAGAUGAUUUCUAACAUUAAUCACAUUUUUCUUUUUUUUAGGGGGGGGGGGGGUCUGUAGGAAAGGCAUUUUGAAUCCUGUUUGGGUGCUUUUAUUUUUGUUCUCAUCCUGCUGUUUGGGCUGCGUUUGCACCCGAAAAACGAGGAAAAACGUUUACUCAUUCACAGACGUGGUGCUUGCCUUUGUGAUACCCGAGCGUGUAGAUGGCUCGUGGUGCAGCACACUUAGCCUUAAAACAUGCUGAAACACAUGCACAACAGCACAGUUAGCUGUAUGUUGAACGUGACAGGGAGAACAUGGAUAGAAAUAAAAUUAGCCUGCGUUUCCUUAAUCCUACACCGCCCAAACACUUAGUGCUACCUAGCCCCCUUAUGAGGAUGUUUUCGCAUAGUUGGGGCACUUGAUUUCUUUUCCUUUCCUUUUUUUUUUUUUAAAUUGUAUGUUGUGAUAAUUUAGACUUGUAUUUCAUGUGACGUUUAUGAUUACUCUGAGCUUAUGUCUUUUUGUUUAUAUAAUGUGCGAUAGUGUGGAGUAAGAGAAUCGUAAAUAAAUCUGACUGAUUUGUUUUA